AUGCCCCCAGGGAAGUAUGGGAUGCAGGAGGAAUGGGAGGAGGGGGACCCGGAGAUCAUGAUGGACUUCCUGUUGCCCACUGGGAUCUUCCUCAAAUUCCCUGUGUCUCGCAAAGACACCAUCAAGACCAUCAAAAAAAUGGUAUGGAGAAACGCCAGCAGCGAGCCCCUCUUUGGAGAAUUAGGCAACCCCGAUGCGUACGUCUUCACCUGCAUCAACCAGACGGCAGAGAGGGAGGAGCUGGAGGAUGAAUCCAGGCGUAUCAGCGAUGUCCGACCCUUCAUUUCAAUGCUGCGGCUGGUGGCGAGGGAGGGCGACCGAGUAGAGAAACUCACCAACACCCAGAUCAGCCUUUUGAUCGGAAAAGGUCUGCAUGAGUUUGAGGCCCAGAAGAACCAUGAAGUAGAUGAGUUUCGGGCCAAGAUGCGUACAUUUUGUGAAGACAAGGCCUUGGAACGACAGAGGCUGUCGUGGCAGCAGUGGAUGGAGUACAGCUUCCCAUGUGACCUGGAGCCGCGCUCCUCUCUGCCGGAAUCCGUCAAGUCAAAAGGCACCAAGAAGAUCUUCAUCAACAUCAAGUUUGAGGCCUGUGAUGAAAGCUUCAUGCUACAGCAAGAUCCCCAGGACAUCCCUUUGGUAUUGAUGAAGAAUGCCCUCAAGAAGAAGGCAAUGGUCUUUCGCUCGCAGCAACAGGAACCUCAGGACUACACCUUACAGAUCAAUGGGAGAUGGGAGUUCAUCUACGGGAAACACCCCCUGUGCCAGUUCAAAUAUAUUUUCUACUGUCUGAGAAGGGGUCAAAACCCCCUUCUGACCAUGGUCCACUGUUCCACCAUCACCAAAUACCAAGAGGAGCAGGGUAGUAUGUGCAGCCAGGUGUCCAAAAGUCGCUCCUCAUCAAGACCUCCCCCGCUGCCCCUGAAGAAGCAGAAUACCUCCUCUUUGUGGUCUAUCAAUGAACCUUUUCACAUUCACCUGGUGCAGGGCAACAGAGUCAACGCAGAUGAGGGCAUGAAGCUUGUGGUUCAGGCGGGUCUUUUCCAUGGCAGUGAACUGCUUUGUAAGGUGGUGACGAGCUCGGAGGUGACGGUGUGCUCCGAACCGCUGUGGGACCAGAGGCUGGAAUUUGACAUCAAUGUGGCCGACUUGCCUCGGAUGAGCCGACUGUGCUUUGCUCUCUAUGCGGUCAUCGAGAAGGCCAAGAAACCCCGCGGCACCAAAAAGAAGAGCAAAAAAGCAGAUUGUCCAAUAGCAUGGGUGAACACAAUGGUGUUUGACUACAAGGACCAGCUGAAGACUGGGGAGUUCCUCCUUUCCACAUGGCCAUCAGUUCCCGAUGACAAAAGUGAUUUGCUGAACCCGAUGGGAACUGUGGAGAAGAACCCCAAUGUGGACAGCACUGCUGGACUCCUCAUCCGCUUCCCCAACAUCAGGCCACAUCCACUGUACUACCCUCCACUCAACAAGAUAAGUGAUAUGGAAAGGAAUGGUGAAAUGAUCAUUGCCACGAAGGAAGAGCACAUUAAGCUCAGAGAGGUAAUGGACAACAAAAACCACACUGAGUUUUUUGAGGAUGAGAAGGAGCUCCUGUGGAGGCUCCGUGCCGAGGUGCGAGAACGCUACCCGGAGAAUCUGUCCAAGCUGCUCCUCAUCAGCAAGUGGAAUAAGCGUGAGGAAGUCAUGCAGAUGCUGAGUUUACUAAGGAAAUGGCCCGAUCUCCCUGCCAUCCAUGCAUUGGAGCUUUUGGACUACAGUUUCCCAGACCCAGCAGUUCGUUCUUUUACCAUCAGAUGCCUCAGGAAGCUCAGUGAUGAUGAGCUGCUCCAGUACCUCCUCCAGCUGGUCCAGGUUCUCAAGUAUGAGUCCUAUCUUGACUGUGACCUUACCACUUUCCUGCUGGAGAGGGCUUUGUCCAACAAUAGGAUAGGACACUUUCUCUUCUGGCAUCUCAGGUCAGAGAUGCACGUGGCAUCGGUGAGUUUGCGUUUUGGCCUGAUUCUCGAGGCGUACUGCAGGGGGAACAUCUACCACAUUAAGAGCUUAACUAAACAGAACGAGGCUCUAUGCAAAAUGAAGGCCCUCAGCGACUUCGUCAAGUCGGGUUCGCAGAAGAUGACGGCGGAGGACCUGAAGUUGUGUAUUAGACAGGAGUCCUACCUGGAGGCCAUGUCAGGCCUGCUGUCUCCUCUCAACCCCAGCAUCCUCCUCUCAGAGAUCUGUGCAGACCGAUGCAGGUUCAUGGACUCUAAGAUGAAGCCGCUCUGGCUGAUGUAUAAGAACCAGUGGGCACAGGGAGACAUGGUGGGCAUUAUCUUCAAGAACGGGGAUGAUCUUCGACAAGACAUGUUGACCCUCCAGAUGAUCCAGCUCAUGGAGAACCUAUGGAAGAGAGAGGGCCUGGAUCUCAGGAUGAUCCCUUAUGGUUGUUUGUCCACGGGGAGCAAGAUGGGACUCAUUGAAGUUGUGAAGAAUUCAGACACCAUCGCCAACAUCCAACGCAACAACAGUAACAGUGCCGCCACUGCUGCCUUCAACAAAGACGCCUUACUCAAUUGGCUCAAAUCUAAAAACCCCGAGGAUAAACUUGAUCAAGCAAUAGAGGAGUUCACACUGUCGUGUGCUGGCUACUGUGUAGCCACCUACGUCCUGGGCAUUGGGGACCGUCACAAUGACAAUAUCAUGAUUAGGGAAACUGGACAGCUCUUCCACAUUGACUUUGGGCACUUCCUGGGGAACUUCAAGCGCAAACUGGGGAUCAACAGGGAGCGUGUGCCUUUUAUCUUGACCUAUGACUUUGUCCAUGUGAUCCAACAAGGGAGGACCAACAACAGCGAGAAGUUUGAAAGGUUCAGGGAGUAUUGUGAACAUGCCUAUAAGAUCCUGUGUCGGAAUGGGACUCUGUUUGUCAAUCUCUUUGCUAUGAUGAAGGCAGCAGGACUGCCUGAGCUCUCCUCUUUCAAGGAUAUCCAAUAUCUGAAGGAUUCUUUAGCGCUGGGUAAAUCGGAAGAAGAAGCGUUAAAGAGUUUCAAAGUGAAGUUCAACGAAGCUCUGCGAGAGAGCUGGAAGACCAAGGUUAACUGGAUGAUGCACUCUUUGGCCAAAGACAAUAGACCAUGAUGAACUCUGCACCAAGAGACCAUUAGGAGAGUAAUCAGAAAGUGUGGAUUUUUAUCUGUGGCAGCCAAACAGGAAGGAAAUGCACUGGAACAUUUUACUUUAAAAGUUGCCAUGCAAAGAACUUCAACUAAUGUUUACACCUAACUGGCCAGUUGUCUCCAUCGACUAACCACUAACUGCUGAUGUCUAAGAACAAUGACUGAAUCAUGGAACAUAAUUUCAGCUCAGAAAUUCAAAGUUGUGAU